UCCGGGCGCGCGCGGGGGCCGCAGCAACUGCUACCCCACCUCGCCUCGGCCCUGCGCAGAGCCUCGCGCGCCCAUGGCUGGCUCGGAGCAGCAGCGGCUGCGGCGGCGGGACGACGGAGACUCGGCGGCGGCGCCCCUGCAGGACGCGGAGCUGGCCCUCGCCGGCAUCAACAUGCUGCUCAACAACGGCUUUAGGGAGUCGGACCAGCUUUUCAAACAAUACAGAAAUCGUAGCCCAUUAAUGAGUUUUGGAGCCAGCUUUGUCAGUUUUUUGAAUGCCAUGAUGACAUUUGAGGAAGAAAAAAUGCAGUUGGCAUGUGAUGAUUUAAAAACCACAGAAAAGCUGUGUGAAAGUGAAGAGGUUGGAGUAAUUGAAACAAUCAAGAAUAAAAUUAAGAAGAAUGUUGAUGUCCGAAAAUCCACCCCUUCUAUGGUUGAUCGGCUUCAGAGGCAGAUAAUCAUAGCUGACUGUCAAGUUUACUUGGCUGUGCUCUCAUUUGUAAAGCAAGAAUUGUCAGCAUAUAUAAAAGGUGGGUGGAUCCUUAGGAAAGCCUGGAAGAUUUACAAUAAAUGCUAUUUGGACAUCAAUGCCCUCCAGGAGCUGUAUCAGAAGAAGCUAACGGAAGAGCCCUUGACUUCUGACGCUGCAAAUGAUAAUCACAUUGUGGCUGAAGGGGUGUCUGAGGAGUCUCUAAACAGACUGAAAGGUGCUGUGAGCUUUGGAUAUGGCCUUUUUCACCUUUGCAUAUCCAUGGUGCCCCCAAACCUGCUCAAAAUCAUCAACCUGCUGGGUUUUCCUGGAGACCGCCUACAGGGGCUUUCUUCACUGAUGUAUGCAAGCGAAAGUAAGGACAUGAAGGCCCCUUUAGCUACAUUAGCGCUGCUCUGGUAUCAUACUGUAGUCCGCCCGUUUUUUGCCCUGGAUGGCAGUGAUAACAAAGCAGGCCUGGACGAAGCGAAGGAAAUUCUUCUCAAAAAAGAAGCUGCUUAUCCAAAUUCUUCCCUCUUUAUGUUUUUCAAGGGACGCAUACAACGAUUAGAGUGUCAAAUCAACAGUGCCUUGACUUCCUUCCAUACUGCUCUGGAACUUGCAGUAGACCAGAGAGAAAUCCAACAUGUGUGUCUGUAUGAAAUUGGUUGGUGCAGCAUGAUAGAGCUGAAUUUCAAGGAUGCAUUUGACUCCUUUGAGAGGCUAAAAAACGAGUCCCGGUGGUCCCAGUGCUAUUACGCCUAUUUAACCGCAGUUUGUCAGGGAGCCACCGGUGAUGUGGACGGGGCACAGAUUGUCUUUAAAGAAGUUCAGAAACUCUUCAAAAGGAAAAACAAUCAGAUUGAACAGUUCUCAGUGAAAAAGGCAGAGAGGUUUCGGAAACAAACCCCAACCAAAGCGCUGUGCGUGCUGGCGUCCAUUGAAGUGUUGUACUUGUGGAAAGCCCUCCCCAACUGCUCCCUCCCCAACCUACAGAGGAUGAGUCAAGCUUGCCAUGAAGUGGAUGAUUCAUCUGUCGUUGGAUUAAAGUAUUUGUUUCUUGGUGCCAUACACAAAUGUCUAGGGAACUCAGAAGAUGCUAUCCAGUUCUUUCAUCGAGCUGUUAAAGAUGAGUUGUGUCGUCAGAAUAACUUAUAUGUUCAGCCAUAUGCUUGCUAUGAACUUGGCUGUCUUCUGUUAGACAAACCAGAGACUGUAGGAAGAGGCAGAAGUCUUCUUCUUCAAGCAAAGGAGGAUUUCUCUGGCUAUGACUUUGAAAACAGAUUGCAUGUCCGCAUCCAUGCUGCUCUGGCUUCGAUGAGGGAAUUGGUUCCUCAGUGACAGACCCGAAGUUUCCGCUCUGUCCCUCCCCACACACGUUCUGCACUUUAAAAGUAGAGGACACAGCUCGUAUGAAGAUCAGCUUUUCUUCUGAAAACCACCUGGGCCUGGGACACAUUUUCUCAGUUAGGUUGAUGUAUUAAAGAUCUCCUCUUUUAAACACACAGCUAAAAAGUAAUAAUGAUGAUGAUAAUACUAAUAAUAACUAACCACCUGGGGAGAGGGUUAAGUGACCUUGUUCAAACAUUUUAGUUUUGUGAUUUAUUAUUUUUUAAAUAAAAUUUGACUAAAUAUUCAACCUGCAAUCUUGUAGGAAUGCCUACUUGAAGCA